AUGGCGUCGUUCUCGAGUCUUCGAUAUCCUUCGCGAUUUGAGCCCAGCAAUAUUGGAGCACUUUGGACCGCCAUCUUCUACGGUGUUCCCCUGGCGAACGUCGCCGUUCAUCUCGCAUGGCUGCUGGCCCUCCACCCCGUCUUCUCUCCGCUCCCUAUCAAUCGCAAGCGCCUUUCCAGCUUCUUGCAUCGAUACUUCAUGCUCAACCCAAGCGACCCUCGCCUACUCACCUUGUUCACCUCAGCCUUUAGUCACAUUCAGCCACUGCACCUUUUCGUCAACAUGUCGACAUACAAGACAUAUGUGGAAUCCUUCUAUUUACUAGGCGUCUCGCCUAUCCGGUUUAUCCUACUCGCACUGGGUAGCGGUCUCACCGCCAGCCUUGCCCAUCUGCACAAUGCUAGGUACCGACGCGGGGCCAAGGGCAUCGUGGAAAGGACUGCCGUCGGAGCUAGCGGUGUACUGGCCGGCCUUGGCACAGCGUUGGCAUGCAUGUUUCCCACCCUAAAGGUUCGCCUCUCUGGAACGAACCAGGUGCUGCCGUUGCGCGUCGUCGCCCUGGGCAUGUUCGCCGUGGACGCCUACUGCUUAAGCACCGCCCGAGAAACUGGGAUAGGGCACGCCGGACACCUUGGAGGUGCCCUUUUUGGUUUAGCAUACUUCCUGUGGAGGAACGCCACGGGAGCUUGGAGUUUAUGA